AUGGGAAGGCCAGUGUUUGCAGUCCCUCUAAUCCUUUUUGUUGCGAUGCUGGUGGUGACUGAGGGAAAAAAUUGUGUGUGCAAUGGAAGAUCAAGGUGCCGCUGCGAUGGAGUAAAAGGCAGCAGGGGAGACAAAGGUUUUCCAGGAAAUCCAGGUCCUCGUGGUGCACCGGGUCAUCCUGGACCAGGUGGUCCUCCUGGGCCAAGGGGACUAAAGGGAAACACUGGGCCCGAUGGACCCACAGGACCAAAAGGAGAUCCGGGACUGGAAGGGAAAGAGGGGUUUGCUGGGACUCAUGGCCUACCAGGUGUCCCAGGCCUACAGGGGCCUCCAGGCCUACCAGGGACCCCAGGCUGCAAUGGAACAGAUGGAAACGAUGGACCUCCUGGUAUACAUGGAAUCCCUGGCCCUGAUGGACUGCCCGGUCAACCAGGUCUGCCCGGACCUAAGGGUGACUCUCGGGUAUCAUGUUGUUCACAACCAGGGCCCCCUGGACCACCUGGGAGGGACGGGCAGCCGGGAGAUCCAGGUUUGCCUGGAUACCAAGGAGAACCAGGGGAAGCUGGACCAAGGGGAGCUCUUGGCUUACCCGGUCUUCCAGGGGCUUCAGGAUCUAAGGGCCAGGAAGGUAUCAGUAGUUCCCCAGGACCUCGUGGACUCAAGGGGAGACAAGGCCCACCAGGCCCACCAGGACCAAAAGGUCGGAUCAAGGAGCUUGUCUCAGGGAGUCUUGUGUUAGAGGGGAUAAAAGGAGAUAUGGGAGAUAUGGGAGAAAAGGGCUGCAAGGGUUCACUUGGAGACCCCGGUUAUGGCAUUUACAGCAAAGGAGCACGAGGAGACAAAGGGCUGCCAGGUCCAGAGGGAAAACCGGGAAAGGAUGGUGAGCCUGGACUACCUGGGUUUGAGGGAAGGCCUGGCCCCAGAGGUGAUCCAGGAUAUCCAGGGACGACAGGAAUGACGGGUGAAAAGGGAAAUAGGGGUCCGCCGGGUCCAAGUGGAGAGACAUAUUUGACUGAGCCAGUCAAAGGAUACAGGGGAGAUCCUGGUCCUCCAGGCCCACCUGGAAUUCCUGGGCCUCAGGGUAUUGUGGGAUUUCCUGGACCACAAGGACCUUCGGGUGAUAAAUUAGGGAAUUACGUGCCCGGCCUACGUGGUCCCAGGGGUUUUCCAGGCCCAAAAGGUGAACCUGGGGAUCCUGGGGUUAAUUAUAUUGGACCUCCAGGUCCAGAUGGGGAUCCUGGUGAUCAAGGACCGCCUGGGGAUCAGGGCCCACCUGGAGCCCCUGAAGACAGAACUAACAGGGUUAUCAAGGGCCUGCCAGGAAUUAAAGGAACGAGGGGAGUGCCUGGACACACGGGAUAUGAUGGGAUGUUUGGAAUGAAAGGACAAAAGGGGGAGCCCUGUUAUGCGUGUACUGGAUCAGGACUCCCAGGGCCACCGGGUCCUCGUGGUGAAUCUGGCUCUCCUGGCUUUAAUCAGCCUCAAGGUGAUAAAGGUGAACCUGGUUUCCCAGGACCUAAAGGCUUACCUGGAAGACCUGGUCCAAUUGGUGAAGCAGGUUUUCCAGGUCCAAAAGGAGAGAAGGGAGACUCAUAUUCCUAUGGUGCUGCUGGACAAAAGGGAGAAAAAGGAGACCAGGGGCAACCUGGGAGGCCCGGGGAUCCAGGCUUCUCUGGACCUCCGGGAAUACCAGGUCGCAAAGGCAAUCCAGGGUCUCCAGGGGAUCCAUAUCUCUUCCCUGGUGAGAGGGGAGAACGUGGACUCCAAGGCCCACCGGGCCCUUUAGGCAGGCCAGGACCAGCUGGCUACCCUGGGCCACCAGCUUAUGGACCUGCUGGACUUCAAGGAAUUAAAGGAGAUGAUGGGGUACCUGGUUUGCCAGGGCAACCAGGAAUUCCAGGACAAAAAGGGGAACCUGGCCUCUUAUACAAAAAGGGACUUCCUGGACCACCUGGAUCAAAAGGUCAGCCAGGCUCACCUGGAAGCCCAGGUUAUCCAGGGCCACCAGGUUCUCAUGGACCACCAGGUAUGCCAGGCCAGAAAGGAGAACAUGGUCCCGUGUCAUUUCCUGGAAUGCCGGGGAGGCAAGGACAAAAAGGUGACAAGGGUCAACCAGGUCUCCCAGGCCCUCCAAGCAGGGGUUUCCCAGGUCAGCCAGGUCCAGAAGGUCCUCUUGGUGAGCCAGGACCAAAGGGUGAUAGUGGCCCUGGAUACCCUGGGCCUCCAGGCUUUCCGGGGUUUCCAGGUGAAGAUGGAGAUCCAGGACCCACAGGUGAUCCUGGGGCUCCUGGCCUACCUGGAAAUCCAGGGUUUAACGGCAGUCCUGGUUUUCAAGGAGAAAAAGGUUCUAUGGGGCUUCCAGGACUACCUGGACUGCCUGGUAGCAAAGAAUCAUGUAAAGGCUUGCCUGGACCAAGUGGAGAACCAGGACCAAAUGGUUAUCAAGGACUUCAAGGACCUAAGGGCUUUACUGGUGAGAAGGGAAAUCGAGGUUUGCCUGGGUUUGGACUUCCUGGCCGCGCUGGUGAACCUGGGCUCCCUGGGCCAUCAGUGCCAGGUUCACAUGGGCAUCGUGGACAAAAAGGAAUCAAAGGAAAAAAUGGCUUGCCUGGUCAAACAGGACCUAAAGGAAACCCUGGACCUGAUGGAUCAUCAGGAUAUGGACCAGAUGGAUUGCCUGGAAUUACAGGUCCACCAGGUCAAAGAGGUGACCCUGGUCCAGAUGGAGCCAGAGGUCCUCCAGGUCCGCCUGGUAAUACGGGGGACCAAGGGUCCAAAGGUACAAAAGGAGCCCCAACACCAAUAAAUUUCACCGGGUUCCCAGGGGACUCUGGUCAACCAGGUCAACCUGGUCUAGCUGGUCCCUAUGGAGAUCCUGGAAGAAAUGGAGCAAAAGGGUUGAAAGGAAAAGUGGGCACUCCAGGGGAUCCUGGACCAAGAGGACUCCCAGGUGAUCCAGGUCUAGACACAUUAUUGACAUCAUCAGGGAUUCAAGGACCUCCCGGAGCCCCUGGAGACACAGGACCCAGGGGACUUCAAGGGUCCAAGGGAAUAAAAGGAGACAGAGGAAUCCCUGGAAGACCAGGCCGAGAUGGUGAUCUGGGUAAAACUGGUUCCAAAGGAGCUACUGGGGAACCAAGCUACUCUGGAUAUGGACCACCUGGACCAGUAGGCCAGAAGGGUGAACCAGGAUUAACUAAUACUAAUGCGAUGAAGGGUCAGAAAGGACAAACUGGAAUCACAGGAUCGGAAGGUUUACCAGGAAUAUUUGGUCCCAAGGGAGACCCAGGACCUACUGGACCAAAUGGUUCCGGCUAUCAAGGGCCAACAGGGUCAGAUGGCCCUCCAGGGAGCAAAGGGCAUCGCGGACCUAAUGGACUACCAGGUAAUGCGGGUCCACCAGGUAUAGGAGGAUUUCCCGGUCCUAAAGGAAACCAGGGCUCAGAUGGGAUUCCUGGGCCACCCGGGCAGAAAGGGGAGACUAUCUUGACAGGUGGGAGGCCUGGGAACCGUGGUGACCCAGGUCAGCCAGGUCCUCCUGGAAAUCCUGGCCUCCCUGGUUUGUCUAUUACAGGUAGUCCUGGACUAAUAGGAGACAAAGGAAUUCCAGGUCCACAUGGCAUCCCUGGUUCAAGAGGGCCACCAGGAAGUGAAGGGGUAUGUCUUCCUGGGUUUAAAGGAGACCGUGGCCACCCUGGAAAUCCUGGCAGGAAAGGCUACCCUGGCCCACCUGGGCCUCCAGGUAUUGUAGUGCCUGGAAUAAAAGGAGAGAGAGGGGACCCAGGUCUUCCAGGAAGCCCAGGUAAUCCUGGGGAACCAGGAGAUCCAGGCUUGCAAGGACCACCUGGUACAAUAGGCAUACCUGGAGGCCCAGGGGUAAGAGGUGACCCAGGUUCUCUGGGAUUCCAGGGGCCUACUGGGCACAUGGGAGACCCUGGAAAGAUCCCUGGCCCUCCUGGUCCACCUGGGCCCACAGGUUUUCCUGGAUUACCAGGCCGUAAAGGUGAACCAUCAUUUGGCAGAGUGAUAUAUGAACGAGGACCUUAUGGCCCUCCCGGUGCCACUGGUAUAUGUGGACCUCCAGGAAGAACUGGUCCACCGGGACUACCAGGCCCUCCAGGCCAGCGUGGUGCCAAAGGAAUGCAGGGGUUCAGCCCACCUGGCCUGUCUGGAUUUACAGGCCGGAAAGGAGAUAAAGGAAGAGCAGGGCUGCCAGGUCCAGAUGGCAGACCUGGAACUCCAGGUCGCAAGGGUCCUCCAGGUCUGCCCGGCAGAGUUGGUCUAGGUUAUACCCACAGUUUCCUGAUAGCCAGGCACAGUCAGAGCAUCCACCCUCCUGAAUGUCCUCAUGGCACCAGCUUCAUCUAUAAUGGUUACUCUUUCCUUUUCAUCAACGGAUACAAGAGAGCUCAUGGCCAGGACCUUGGCACCACGGGGAGCUGUCUGCCUCAUUUCUCUACCAUGCCUUUCCUGUUCUGUGACACUGAAAAUGCCUGCCGCUAUGCUUCUCGUAAUGACUAUUCAUACUGGCUGUCCACUGAUACGCCCAUGUCUAUGAACAUGGUUUCCAUCACAGGGGAAAUGCUGAAAUCCUAUAUUAGCAGGUGCUCAGUGUGUGAAACCACCUCCAAUGUCAUAGCCAUCCACAGCCAGAGAACUCUGAUACCAGAAUGUCCUAGAGGCUGGGAAUCACUAUGGACUGGGUACUCCUUCAUCAUGCAAACAGGUGCUGGAGCAGAGGGAUCCUCCCAGCCCUUGGUUUCACCUGGCUCAUGUCUGGAAAAUUUCCGCCAAUUGCCCUUUAUAGAGUGUCACGGCAGGGGGACGUGUAACUACUACCCUGAUUCCUAUAGUUACUGGCUGGCCUCCCUCAACCCCAACAACAUGUUCAGUAAACCAGUACCUGAGACAGUGAAGGAACCUUUCCUAGAAAGUGUCAUCAGCCGUUGUCGAGUCUGCAGAAAAACAGAGCAGCAUGGUGAAGGGUCCAGAAACUAA